CUGGCGGAGGGGUCCGGAGUGGCAGUAAAGGAGGAAGAUGGCGGGGUGCAGGGGGUCCCUGUGCUGCUGCUGCAGGUGGUGCUGCUGCUGCGGUGAGCGUGAGAUCCGCACCCCUGAGGAGCUGACCAUCCUUGGAGAAACACAGGAAGAGGAGGAUGAAAUUCUUCCAAGGAAAGACUAUGAGAGUUUGGAUUAUGAUCGCUGUAUCAAUGACCCUUACCUGGAAGUUUUGGAGACUGUGGAUAAUAAGAAAGGUCGAAGGUUUGAGGCGGUGAAGUGGAUGAUGGUGUUUGCCAUUGGAGUUUGCACUGGACUGGUGGGCCUCCUUGUGGAUUCUUUUGUGCGACUCUUCACCCAACUCAAGUUUGGAGUAGUACAGACAUCGGUGGAGGAGUGCAGCAGGCAAGGCUGCCUCGCCCUGUCCCUUCUCGAACUCUUGGGUUUUAACCUGACGUUUGUCUUUUUGGCGAGCCUUCUCGUACUAAUCGAGCCAGUGGCAGCAGGUUCUGGGAUUCCCGAGAUCAAAUGCUAUCUGAACGGCGUGAAAGUGCCAGGAAUCGUCCGUCUCCGGACCCUGCUCUGCAAAGUCUUUGGAGUGCUGUUCAGUGUGGCCGGAGGGCUCUUUGUGGGGAAGGAAGGCCCCAUGAUCCACAGUGGAGCGGUGGUGGGAGCCGGCCUCCCGCAGUUUCAAAGCAUCUCCUUACAGAAGAUCCAGUUUAACUUCCCCUAUUUCCGAAGUGACAGAGACAAGCGAGACUUCGUAUCAGCAGGGGCAGCUGCUGGAGUUGCCGCAGCUUUUGGGGCUCCAAUUGGGGGUACCUUGUUCAGUCUGGAGGAGGGCUCAUCCUUCUGGAACCAAGGGCUCACAUGGAAAGUGCUCUUCUGUUCCAUGUCCGCCACCUUCACCCUCAACUUCUUCCGUUCUGGGAUUCAGUUUGGAAGUUGGGGUUCCUUCCAGCUCCCUGGAUUACUGAACUUUGGCGAGUUUAAGUGCUCUGACUCUGAUAAAAAAUGUCAUCUCUGGACAGCUAUGGAUUUGGGUUUCUUCAUCGUGAUGGGGGUCAUUGGGGGCCUCCUAGGAGCCACAUUCAACUGUCUGAACAAGAGACUCGCAAAAUACCGUAUGCGAAACGUACACCCGAAACCUAAGCUUGUCAGAGUCUUAGAGAGCCUCUUGGUGUCUCUGGUAACCACCGUGGUGGUGUUCGUGGCCUCAAUGGUGUUAGGGGAAUGCCGACAGAUGUCUUCUUCCAGUCAAAUCGGCAAUGACUCAAUCCAGCUGCAGGUUACAUCAGAAGAUGUGAAUUCAAGUAUCAAGACCUUUUUCUGUCCCAAUGAAACCUACAAUGACAUGGCCACCCUCUUUUUCAACCCCCAGGAGUCUGCCAUCCUUCAGCUCUUCCACCAGGAUGGUACUUUCAGCCCCAUCACCUUAGCCUUGUUCUUCGUCCUCUAUUUCCUGCUUGCCUGCUGGACGUAUGGCAUUUCUGUGCCAAGCGGUCUGUUUGUGCCUUCUCUGCUGUGCGGAGCAGCUUUUGGACGUUUAGUUGCCAAUGUCCUAAAAAGCUACAUUGGACUGGGCCACAUCUAUUCGGGGACGUUUGCCCUGAUUGGUGCUGCGGCUUUCUUGGGUGGGGUUGUCCGCAUGACCAUCAGCCUCACCGUCAUCCUGAUUGAGUCCACCAACGAGAUCACCUACGGGCUUCCCAUUAUGAUCACCCUGAUGGUGGCCAAAUGGACUGGGGACUUUUUCAACAAGGGCAUUUAUGAUAUCCACGUGGGCCUGCGAGGAGUGCCACUUCUGGAGUGGGAAACAGAGGUGGAAAUGGACAAACUGAGAGCCAGCGACGUCAUGGAGCCCAACCUGACCUACGUCUACCCGCACACCCGCAUCCAGAGCCUGGUCAGCAUCCUGCGCACCACGGUCCACCACGCCUUCCCGGUGGUCACUGAGAACCGGGGCAACGAGAGGGAGUUCAUGAAGGGCAACCAGCUCAUCAGUAACAACAUCAGAUUCAAGAAAUCCAGCAUCCUCACCCGAGCCGGCGAGCAGCGCAAACGGAGCCAGUCCAUGAAGUCCUACCCGUCAAGUGAGCUGCGGAACAUGUGUGAUGACCACAUGGCCUCCGAGGAGCCGGCCGAGAAGGAGGACCUCCUCCAGCAGAUGCUGGACAGACGAUACACUCCCUACCCCAACCUCUACCCUGACCAGUCCCCGAGUGAAGACUGGACCAUGGAGGAGCGCUUCCGCCCUUUGACCUUUCACGGCCUGAUCCUUCGGUCACAGCUUGUCACCCUGCUCGUCCGAGGAGUUUGUUAUUCUGAAAGCCAGUCAAGUGCCAGCCAGCCACGCCUUUCUUAUGCUGAGAUGGCUGAGGAUUACCCACGGUAUCCCGAUAUCCACGACCUGGAUCUGACGCUGCUGAACCCCCGGAUGAUUGUGGAUGUCACCCCGUACAUGAACCCUUCACCCUUUACCGUUUCACCCAAUACCCACGUCUCCCAGGUCUUCAAUCUUUUUAGGACGAUGGGCCUGCGGCACUUGCCAGUGGUGAACGCCGUGGGAGAGAUCGUUGGGAUUAUCACACGGCACAACCUAACAUAUGAGUUUCUGCAGGCCCGACUGAGGCAGCACUACCAGACCAUCUAAUGACUCACUAAGCCUCGCACUCCCCGGGCCAGCGCCCCCGGCUGGAGCUGCCUGCAGAGGCGGCUCACCCACACCUGGCCUGCACAGCUGGCUGGGGCCAUUCCAGGGCACAAAAGGCUCCCAGUCGCUCACUCACUUGGAAAGCCCGGCAUUAUUGAACGCUCUGCCAGUCAGAGAUUCGGGAGAUGGUGUUGAACCGGCAAUACCAUCAAUAGUUUGGACUAUUCUGACUUUGUCGGCAAGCGUCUUCCCGUUUCCUGCCCCCUGUGUUCCUACCAUCCAGUGUUGGCAUAGGCCUGCCCCAGGCCUUCCCCUGCCCCUUGCUAGUGCCAGGACCAGAGGCGGACGUCAGACCUGACCCACGGAGGUGUCGCUCAGAGCAGUUUUCUGUCCUCCUUUGCUGCUUUCUUGGAGAACCCAGAUGUUGCCUUAAACCAUGGGAGGGAGUUUGGCCAAGGCAAACACUGGGGGUGCCAGCUGCAAAAUGCAGUUAAUUACUAAAUUUAGGAAUUGGGCACUGAGAAAACCAUCCAUGUUUCUGGAAGGCCUUCCUUCACUGGGUCUCUUAACUUGAUAUUUUCUCUGCUUCAUUUUAGAGAUAGUUUCUGCUUCCUGGGUGGGAGCAGGUGCCCUCACCUGCUCCUGUGGUUUGAAUCUCCUUGGAACCAGCACCCUCCAGAAGCACAAAAUUAAAUCCCAGUAAUAGUCUGAACUUUAAAUCUCACAAUAUGGUCAGAAAUGCGUUUGCUCUUAACAUUCCGCAAAUUUUUCGUUGCUUCCUAUUCACACAUUUUUACCCUGAUCUGUCCCUGGUCCUUUUCACCCUCCAUGAAUUUCUAAACUUCCCUUAACUUUUCUCUUUAUCUUCCUGUGAAGCAGCCACAACCUAGAGGAUUUUGGCAUCACCCCCCAAAGUUAACGAAAAGCAUGGCAGGCACCCCUACGUAAAACGCUUCACUUAGCUUGGGAGAAUGGUACAGUUGUUUAUAAGAUGGAAAGGAGUAAACUGAGCCAGUGACCACUAAAAGGUAUGUGAUGUGCCUUUAAAGCCAGAGUGUUAUAAAAAAGCAGAUGGUUUAUUUGAGGACAAGGGUGUCAGCCUUUCACAAACUUCUCUCCCUUCCCUGCUGGUAGCCACCAUCCCCAGCCUCCUGAGGGGCUCAGAAAUGGGAACUUCAGAAGGGUAAAGACGCCCCCUGCUGGCACAUGCCCCAGAGAUUUCAGCAUGAGACAUGGGAAACCCGCCUCGUUUCUUCCCGUGACGUAGUUUCUCUCCAGCUGUUUAAAAUUGGCCCCUUCUGAAUAGGCACCCAAAGUGAACAUUUAGGUAUCAGGCAUUUGCACUAUUUUUCCCUUCUUCUCUGUCUACAUCUUAAUCCCAUUAAGCAAUCCUGUGGCAGAUUUGUUUUGGACCCAAGGUGGAUGCAUUUGCAUUUAGAUUUUUUUUUAAAACAUUGGUGCCUGGUCCUGGUGAUGCUAUUCUCUAACCCUCAGCCCUGUGCUGACUUCCUUGGCAGAGACCGCCUUUCGAGCUCAGGGUGGAUGUCAGGCUUUGCCCGUUCAGGUCCUUGGCUCAGCACACUCAAGGGAAUAAUUGCCCUUAAGUGAGGAAGCUGUUCCAGGGUGUUUUCCAACUGCCUGGAACCUCCUCCAUUCUGCCCCAUUUUCUUAUCUCUCUGAGAAAAAUUAUGGAACUUCUAAAUUUCUCAGCUUCCCUGGAUGCACAUGACUUGUGAAAUGGAGAUGAUACUCCCAAUAAAUAAUUCAGGAAAUCACAAGGACCAAAAAAGGUAAAGCCCUCCCAAGGUGAUUGUGUUGGGCUGGCUGCCCCUUUCUUUCAUGGAGGUGCCCAAGCUUUACCACAUUGUUUCUUUUCUUAAGAAGGAAACCAAUCGCCUUAGCCAGGAGAAUGGUGUGCAGUCUAUCCCAGAAACAGCCCUCCUCUUUCCAUCUCUUACUGAAACUGGCAAAAUUGAGGUCCUGCAGGGGGACCACUGGCCUGCAGAGAUGAGUGUUGUUGGAAUUUACCCCUCAUGCACCUCGUGUUGUAUUUAAGUUCCUGUCAGUUGAGCCCACAGAUAGGAGAAUGCAGGACCCUCCGUCCCCUGCACCCACUGGAUGGCUGAGGGUCCUUGGAAGAGGCACCUUCCGUUUCCUUCCCUCCUCUGUCCAUGCCUGCCCUCUCCAGAUAAGCCCAAAGACAAUAAUUUCUCCACUUGAGACUAAAUAACGGCAAGUUUUGCUCCUUUGGUUUCUGUCCAUUAAAAACCAGCAUUUUCAGCAUCUUGCCUAUCACCCAGCCCCAGAGAGCUGGACUUCCAUUGUCCCCAGUGAUGUGGCACCCGAUGAAACGAAAACAGAGGGGUCCUGGGGUUGGUCGGGAGUGGGUUUCUGUGCUGUGUCCCCAGCUUGCUGCUUCAUGGUCCCCUGGCCGAGGUGACUGGGAAGGGGGUGCUAGGGUCUACUGACGGCAUGGCCUUGUUUAGCUAAUGGUUCCUGGCUGAAAUGGACAGUUGCUUGCUUGACCCAGCCAACCAUGUCGCAUUUCUGAGGCAAAGUUGUGUGGUGAUUUGGUCCUCACCAACAAGAUUGCCAGCAAGAUCGCCUCUGCAAGGGCCACAACCGCCCUCGUGGGUCCAGGCAGCCUUGGCGUGCAGUGCAGCCCCUCAGCGCCUCUGGACAGCCGCGGCUUCCUGUUUUCUGUUUGCGCUUUGUUUGUACAGUAAUGUUGGCUAAUUCCACUGUGUAUAUAAAUGGUAUUUUUUUUUAAUUUGUAAAAGUCUAUUUUUAUUUGAACUUCUGGAACUUGGAAGUUCUCGUUGUAACUGUAACGUCAGAAUAAAGUAUCUUCAUCUGUCUCCUUUA